UCGAGUGAAACCCGUCGUCGUCCUACCCCCUCUCUGGCCCAACCCACCAGCACUUCAGCUACUCCCUCUGUCUCGCCGUCGAGAUGCUUCGGAGCCCAGCCGCCGCUCUGCUCCGCCGCCUGGCCCCUCGCCUCACCGGCUGCAGUGGGGGAGCCGGCUCAUCCACGCGUCAGAGCCUCCCUCCUUACAUAUCCUCCUCCUCCUCCUUCCUCGCGCGCUUCUCGUCCACGCCGACGUCCCCGCCGCCACCGUCCUCCGUCGGUGCCCGCGACGAUGAGGCGGAGGAUGACAAGCUCCAGGGAUCAUCAAGCGAUUCCGGCGCCAGGCUCAGCAUUUCUGUGGACCGCGCCGGUCUAUACAGCCCCCCAGAGCACUCUCACGAGCCGUCGUCGGACUCUGACCUUGUCAAGCACCUUAAGAGCAUCAUAAAGUUCCGGAGUGGGCCGAUCAGCAUAGCUGAGUACAUGGAGGAGGUGCUUACAAACCCACAGUCUGGGUACUACAUGAAUCGCGAUGUGUUUGGGGAGUCUGGGGAUUUCAUCACCUCACCAGAGGUCAGCCAGAUGUUUGGAGAGCUGAUUGGUGUGUGGGCGAUGUGUCUGUGGGAGCAAAUGGGGAAACCAGAGAAGGUGAAUUUGAUUGAGCUUGGCCCAGGACGAGGAACUCUCUUGGCAGAUUUACUUCGUGGCUCAGCAAAGUUUGUUAAUUUCACUAAGGCGCUCAACAUUAACUUGGUAGAAUGUAGCCCUACAUUGCAAAAGGUGCAGUACAAUACUCUGAAAUGUGAAGAUGAAUCUGUUGGUGAUGAAAAAAGGACAGUUAGCAAGCUUUGUGGAGCCCCUGUUUAUUGGCACGCCUCCCUCGUACAGGUUCCUUCAGGAUUCCCCACCAUAAUUGUUGCUCAUGAAUUCUUUGAUGCUUUACCAAUCCAUCAAUUUCAGAAAGGGUCACGCGGCUGGUGUGAAAAGAUGGUGGAUCUCGCAGGAGACUCAUCGUUUCGCUUUGUUCUGUCUCCGCAGCCUACAGCCUCUUUAAUUUUCCUCUCCAAACGUUGUCAAUGGGCUAGUGCUGAGGAGCUCGAGAAGGUUGAGCAGAUUGAAGUCUGCCCGAAAGCAAUGGAGAUUACCGAACAGAUCGCAGACCGAAUUAGCUCAGAUGGUGGAGGUGCUCUGAUCAUUGACUAUGGCAAAAAUGGAAUAGUGUCUGAUAGUCUUCAGGCAAUCCGCAAACACAAAUUCGUUCACAUAUUAGACGACCCUGGGUCUGCUGAUCUCAGUGCCUAUGUUGAUUUUGCUGCAAUCAAGCACUCUGCCAUGGAAGCUUCAGAUGAUAUCUCCGUCCAUGGGCCAAUGACUCAAUCCCAGUUGUUGGGUUCUCUUGGUAUCAACUUCCGGGUGGAAGCCCUUAUGCAAAACUGUGACGAGAAGCAGGCGGAGUCUCUGAGGACAGGCUACUGGCGUCUAGUCGGAGACGGAGAAGCCCCAUUCUGGGAAGGGCCUGAUGACCAAACGCCCAUCGGCAUGGGCAGCAGGUACCUGGCCAUGGCCAUUGUCAACAAGAAGCAAGGCUCGCCUGUUCCAUUCUAGUGAAAAGCGGUGAUCCCCUUCCUUUGUGUAAUCUGUUAACCAGUGAUGAAAAAUUAAUAAAAAUAACGAGACUCUCUGCAAUUCCUGCCUGUUGUACCUGAUGAUGUAGACAGUUGAGUUGAGUUCAGACCAGGCUUAUUUGGGUGGGCUAUUUUCUUGUAUGCUACUUGGAGGAACAAGUCCUGAAAACGUGUGCUAGGAUGAAUACAAAUGUUAUCGGGUUA